GGAGCGGGCUAGGGUGCAGUGGGCCCCGCGGGCGGGCGGGCUGGCCGGGUCCCGGGGAGCGGCGCCUGCGUCCGGAUGCCCCUCCCGGCCGCCUCUUCCUGCCGGCUCCAAGUUUCGGUUUCGCCGCCGGGGUGCCAGGUCCAGCCCCGCCCGCGGCGCCCACCGACCCUGUUUCCCGGCUGCGGGAGGGGCCGGGGUGGGGGCAGCGGGCACCCAUGGGACCCCGGCGACAUCCCCGGAGCGCAGAGAGCCCCCGACCCGCCCAUCCCGGCAGUGCUGCCCCCGGGAAGUGGCCGGGGCACGGGCGGGUAGUGGACGGGGACAGCCGGACCGGGGCCUGCAGCUCCGCCCGGGAAUCCUGCGCCUGCACGAAUUGCAACAACGGAAAAGUGAAGUUGCAAAAACAGACUCCUAACUUUUACCAGGGAGGCAUCGCCCCUUCCGGACCGCACCGCGCAGCAUCCUCCCGACUUGGCGAAGUCGCCCGAGCGCGGGGUUCAAGGCCGGGGUGGGCACCCCUCCCGGAUGGCUGCCUGCAAGCCAGUGGGCCGGGUCCUGGGGGAGUCCAGGCCGGGAGGGAAGGAGUUGUGCAAACAUGAUGGUGACCUUUCCCUGCCCCCACCUUGCUGACUUUGGUUGUGGUUGGGGGGAUGGGCUUUGAUUUGGGUGGCAGUGUCUGUGCUUGGGGAAAAAUGGCAGAGAAAAGACAGGAAGCGUAUUGAAUGCAGCAGUAUUGGGUGCCUGGGGCGCUCUCUUGUGUCUUUCGGCCCCUAGGGCAGACGGAACAAUUAGAUGCUUUAGGGGUCCGGGCGCGGUGGCUCAUGCUUGUAGUACCAAAACUUUGGGAGGCCAAGGCGGGCGGAUCACCUGAGGUCAGGAGUUCCAGACCAGCCUGGCCAACCUGAAACCCCUUCUCUACUGAAAACACAAAAAAUUAGCCAGGUGUGGUGGCGCAUGGCUGUAAUUCCAUCUACUUGGGACUUGGGAGACUGUGGCGGGAGAAUCAAUAGAACCCGGAGGCGGAGGUUGCAGCGAUUUGAGAUUGUCCACUGCACUCCAGCCUGGGGCACCAGCGCUGGUGUUGAGUCGUCCCAGCAGGACGCAUGGAGUGUCCUUCGUGCCAGCAUGUCUCCAAGGAGGAAGCCCCCAGGUUCUGCAGCCAGUGCGGAGAGAGGCUGCCUCCUGCAGCCCCCAUAGCAGAUUCUGAGAACAAUAACUCCACAAUGACGUCAGCCCCGGAGGGUGAAAUGGAGUGUGGGCAGGAGCUGGAGGAGGAAGGGGGCCCGUGCUUGUCCCCGGGCUCAGACAGUUGGCAAGAAAACCCCAACGAGUCCGGUUCCGAUGCCUCCUGGACCGUCCAAGAAGUGAGUGCACCGCCCCUGGCUCCCCCCUGCUCACUCUGCCCAGGAUAAUCUCACUGCACAGCUGCCCAGCUGGCCCCCGAAAAUGCCACCACAGCCCAGCCCAUUGAACCUGCCCACAGGGCAGCAGCAGAGCCGCCCCUUCUGCACCUGAUUUGUCUCUGGCUGGAGUCUGUGGGUUCCAGACCCCUUAGGGCC